GUCUGCAGAAGCUAUCAUCUCUAUCGUGGGGACUAUCAUCAACCUCCCAAGUUGUGUCCUAGCGUUCUAUCAUAUGUGUAGGGACAGAAGAAGGACCACCACAGGGACACUCGAUGUAUGUGGACAAUGUGAUUGUCAUGUUGUUUCUAACGCGAAACUGGUCUGUUCUAACAGAUAUCGAACAAGGACAUAAACUGCCCCGACAAAUGACGCAUUAUUCUGGUUAUCAUUCCAUUUGGAACCAGCAUCCAGAUUACCCCAGUCCAUGGGUUUCGUACAUCGUUCCAUCUCGCUUUCGAGGUUAUGGUCGAGUACAGCGAGGUCCUGCAUGGACCCUCUGAUAGUGGUAGAGGUGCUUAGUUAAGCUUCAGGUUUCUCCUCAGAUCAGUCGAGGCUACAAACGUACGGUCAUUGUUUUCUAUGGCGUAUGUUGGGGUACGUUGGGCUUCCUUAUAUCGCGAUUGUAUGGGAAAUGGGAAGUUGCUGCUCUUACUUUUGGUUUCCUUGUUAUACCGG